GAUGAUUACUUUCUAUUAUCUCAUUCAGACUAUUUAAGUGGAUUAUCAUUAAGAAGCGCUUCAGUAUUUUUUUAAACUUCCGAAUUGGAAACUAUUAGACUAAUUAGCAUUGUUACAAUUUGUGUGAAAUUCGUCGCUGGAAACCUGUAGAAUGUCGAAUAUACUUUGUGAAUUGAUACGAGUUUUACUUUUUUCAUCAAUCACGUGUGAUCCAACUAUAAGGCAAACUAAAAAUGGCCCCGUUGAAGGCGUAGAGCAAUCGACUUUAUUCGGUAAAACAUAUUAUGCAUUCAAAGGUGUUCCGUAUGCUGAAGCGCCAAUCACGGGAAAAGAUCCAUAUUCCGGUGCUGAAGUUGAUCGAAGAUUUAAGUCACCUGAACCACUCACCCGAAAAUGGACUGAGCCUUUAAAAGUGCACAAUUAUUCAGAUGGUUGUGCGCCGUCAUCAACUUUUAUGCCAACACCAACAACAAAAUCUGAAAAUUGUCUUUUUCUCAACGUAUACGUGCCAGAUGGUGGCUCAAAGAAAAAAACAGUGCUAGUAUUCAUUCAUGGUGGUUCAUUCACUGAAGGUUCUGGAGAUAAUUUGUACUAUGGUCCCGAUUUUCUCAUUGAUCCCGAUAAUGUAUUGGUAACAAUAAAUUAUCGUCUGGGAAUUUUCGGUUUUUUGAAUCUUGGUUUUGAGCCGUACACCGGUAACAUGGGAUUAAAAGAUCAACAAAUGGCUCUCAAAUGGAUUUAUGAAAAUAUCGAAAAUUUUGGAGGAAAUAAAGAAGAAAUUUUACUUUUUGGCGAGAGUGCUGGUGCUGCAUCCGUUAAUUAUCAAAUGUUGAACGAAGAGUCUAGAAAAUAUUUUCAACGAGCAUUGUUACUUAGUAGUACAGCUCUGAAUUAUUACACAUUAUAUGAACCAAAUCAUUUGGAGAGAAUGCAGAAACAUUCAAAUAUUCAAGACAAAGAUGAAUUAGUUGAAUAUUUAAAAACACUAGAUAGUGAUACUCUUUCACAGUGUGAAACGACGAGUGACUUUGGAACGAUUUUGCUUCAGUCACAUUGGGUGCCCACAAUCGAAGAUUCGAAAACAAAAGGAGCCUUUUUAACCAAACAUCCUGAAGAGAUUUACCAAUCUGACGAAGCACCAGCAAUGGAUACUGUGUUGAGCAUGACUUCUCAGGAAUACAUAACAUUUAAUACCAAUCUAACUAAAAAUGGUGAGCCAUUUCUUAGUGGAGAUAGCAAAGACUCAAACUUACUACUAGCUUUUAAUGGAUUUGACAAAGAAACGUAUCCAAAGGAAUUCCAAAAUGCCUUUGAAUUAUUGAAAAAGGCCUAUUGUAAUCAUACAACCAACGUUGAUGACAUAAAACGUAAAAAUACUGCUCUACUCUCUGAUAUGAAUUUUGGCUACGGCAUUCUCAAAACCUUUCAAUAUCAAAUGAAGGCGAAUAAUGAAGGAAACAACAAAAGGAAUACAUUUUUACAAAGAUUUUCAGUGAAUGCUAACAUCAACUUAUUCAAACUUGCAAUGCAGUUAAGUUACGAUGGUGCAGCCCAUGCCGAAGAUAUUUGCUACAUGUUCCGUUGUUGUGCGUUGGACAGUAUGAAGAUUUAUGAAAAUAAUUUGGAAAUCAGAAAUAGUUCGAAUGUGAAUUACAAUGCAAUCAUGCAUAUGGUCAAUAUAAUAACGAAUUUUGCAAGAAAUGGUGAUCCAUCGAUCGAAGGUGACGUUCCAUUUGAAUUAUCCACACCUCCAGACAAAAUUUGCUCGCAAGACAUCACAAAUGAUUCGAAAACCAAAGCAGUCACGGACAUAAUGGAGCAAUUGCAUUUCAAUACAUGGCAAAAAAUCGAAAACAUUUAUAAAAUAAUUAAAACUUAACAUGCUUUAAGAAAAUUAAUUAAGUAAUCCA